UCUUCAUUGAACUUUAACCCCCGGAACGCUUCCGGCUUGCUACGCUAGCAAAACAUUUCAAUGACUAAACUUCUAAAAGUGGCAUAAUUUUGCUCGAAAAAUGCCUAUAAUGAGUAAUAAUCAAAGGUGUGGUAUAACGCGGAAAAUUUGAACAACUUCUGAACUUCUUAGUAAAAUCUUAAAACCAUGGCUGGGAUGUUGCAGAGGACAUUGAGGCUGAGGACUGCCGCUGCCCUGAAGCCCUUGAGCAAUCACGUCACCCGCUCCUCCACACAUGUCCCUCGCUUGUCCACCAGCCUGUGUCGAAGGGUCCACGGCGGGGCUGAUGUGGCCAACAAGUCCCCCGCUGCAGCUCCAGAGAGGCUACCUUUCUCCAGGGUGAAUCAAGAGGAUUUGGACUUCUUCAAGAAAAUUCUACCUGGCAGAACUAUCACCGACCCCGAUUUGUUGGAGUCGUACAACGUGGACUGGCUUAAGUCUGUGAAAGGUUCCAGUGAAUUGCUGCUGAGGCCUCAGUCAACAGAGGAAGUGUCUCAAAUUCUCAGCUACUGUAACCGUCGUAACCUGGCGGUGAACACGCAAGGAGGCAACACCGGGCUGGUCGGCGGCAGCGUUCCCGUUUACGACGAGAUCAUUCUGUCCACCGCCCUCAUGAACAACAUCCUGAGCUUUGACCGUGUCUCUGGGGUACUGACGUGCCAGGCGGGUUGUGUUCUGGAGAACCUGUCGCUCUACCUGGAGCAGCGAGACCACAUCAUGCCUCUGGACCUGGGUGCCAAAGGCAGCUGCCAUAUCGGGGGCAACGUUGCCACCAAUGCCGGUGGGCUACGGCUGCUGCGUUACGGCUCCUUGCACGGGAACGUGCUGGGUUUGGAAGCGGUGUUGGCAGACGGGCAGGUCCUGGACUGCCUGGCCACUCUGAGGAAGGACAACACAGGAUACGACCUCAAACAGCUCUUCAUCGGCUCUGAAGGAACGCUGGGGGUCAUCACGGCUGUCUCUGUCCUUUGUCCACGCAAACCCAAUUCUGUCAAUGUGCUUUUUUUGGGAUGUGAAACGUUUGAGGAUCUCCUGAAAACUUUUCAGCUGUGCAAAGGCAUGCUGGGAGAAAUUCUGUCCGCUUUUGAGUUCUUGGACAGUGAAUGUAUGAGGCUGCUCAAUUCCCAUCUGAAACUGGAUAAUCCCAUCUCUGAUUGUCCGUUCUACAUCGUCAUAGAAACGUCCGGAUCUGACGCAAGGCACGACGAAGAGAAGCUGCACAACUUUCUGGAAGAGGCCAUGACCUCAUCACUGGUCACUGACGGGACAGUGGCAACAGAGGACUCCAAAACCAAGGCUUUAUGGUCGAUGCGCGAACGCGUCACAGAGGCUCUGACUCACGAUGGCUUCACAUACAAGUAUGACGUCUCGCUUCCCGUGGAGAAGAUCUACCAGCUGGUGACUGACAUGAGGGUGCACCUAGGGGGACGAGCCAAAAGCGUGGUGGGAUACGGGCACGUAGGAGACGGCAACCUCCACUUGAACAUCACCUCUCCCGCUCAAGACCCCGCCCUCCUGGCCGCCAUCGAGCCCUUCGUCUACGAGUGGACGUCCGGCUGCCAGGGCAGCAUCAGCGCCGAGCACGGACUGGGCUUGAAGAAAAGGAACUACGUCUACUACAGCAAAUCCAGCCGGGCCGUGGCCUUGAUGGCCGUCAUUAAGGCUACGCUGGACCCCAAAGGCAUCCUCAACCCAUACAAGACUUUACCAGACCACCUGCGGUGACUUGAGAAGUCCUUCAAGGCUAAUGAAGGUACAACAACUUCAUCUUUUGUGCACAGAGGUGAGCCGUUAAGACAAAUUGUUUAGUUGAUUUGUGUGAUGUGAUAACGAGACAGAAGUAGAAAAUAAAAAUUGGAGUAUGUUUUAAAGAACAGUGGC